AUUUUUUUCUGUUUAAUUACAUUACUUUUAUUUUUGCAAGUUAUACUGAUUUUUGUAAUCUGCAGGUGUUUGCGUUGCGAUGAAAUCACAAAUAUGAAAGUUGAAAAUGUGGAAGACUUAUGAUACAAGUAUUUAGUAUCGAUCAAUGAUAACAAAAAUGAUUAUACAGGCCAAUUUAUCAUUGGAAAUCUUUUUUACGCGAAAGUGAAAACAUACAUUUCACUGAGACCACCUGGUCAAUUCAGUGACCGAUUUUUCGUUAACUGCCAAAAGGGUUAAUGUUCUCACCAACCUAUUGGCAGACAUAAAAUAGUCGAAGUUCCUGAAGCGAUUGCUUCCUUUCUGGAUUUACUUAGGAUUUACUUAGUAUUGCUUUCGAAGAAUAUCAGCAACGCUUCUUUCAAAUUCUGGCGCAAAUGUUCAGAUGGUAAAACAAUUGGGGAGAUGGCGAUCGGACAUCAAAGCCCAUGGAUACGUAGAGCAUUCAAUGCACAAUAGGCAGUUAAUAUAUGAUGGCGUUAUUCAGAAAAGUUCAUCAACAAAAGUUUAUACGAAACCAUCAACCAGCGUAGCAGUACCAAACGAAAAUCAGAUAAAUGAAUCUAAUUACGAUAUAUCUUGGUCCGAUUUUUCUAAAGUUAUCAAUCCUGCCGACUUUCAUCCACUCCUAAAUGGAGUUAAUUCGAUCACAGGAAACAAAGAGCAAAUUCCUGAGCCAGUUACAAAUCCAAUUAAGUCCGAUAAUCGCAGAUCUGAAUUGGUUUCAGAAAAUUCAGGUGCAAAUUUGAAUUUUGAAAAUCAUUUGCUGGUUCCGUCACUUACUUGUGGAAAAAGAAACAGGAAUAAAGACUGGGACAAUCAAACUCACAAUGAAGUGAGCGCAAAUAAAUAUUCGAAACCAUUGACAGAUGCGCAGGGAAUAAUCGAAAACGAGGAUAACUGUAUCAGUGAUUUGCAAUGUUCAGAUGUUUUAGACGACUUUAACUCUGGUGGCCUUAAUCCGGCUACAAGUAGAAUUGUAAACAGUGGAUUUACUACAGCAAUUAAACAAAAAAGCGACCUGUCAGCUAGCAGAAACCAAGCACAAUGCACACGCUUCGCAAGGUAGCCGGCAGGGCGCGUUGACGCAGGCCACAAAAGUAAACACAUGGGUGAACGCAAAUUGGCAGACAUUCAUGCCAUUUUGUUAAUUAAAAGUAAUUACUAACCGUACUUUCGAGUGGGGAUAAAAAAAAUAG